AAGAGAGCCGAGUCCACAUGCGCACCACAGACAGACAGGAGCAGUCGCUAUGCAUUGACAAAGCUCGAGCGGAGGUCGAACAAUUUCUUACUUCGUCGUUCGUCGCUGACUGAGCUCUCGGGGUUCGCCUCUUGGCAGAACCAGUGCGGAGCUUUAUUUGGAUAGGCGCAAUUGGUGAAAGAAGUCGCGUGCGAUCAGCGCCAUAAUUUAAGACACUUUUUGAGCUUCUUCACUAUAUGACAGUACAGUUCUUGACGCACAUCAACUGACCAAGAGUGUUGAGUGUUUUACGGCCCGCCAUUAGAAUCUGUGUUUUGUGUACUUAGCCUUAGCUUAAAGUGUGCAUUAACUAGAACCGGGCGUUAUAAAACGUAUCUACAACGGCAGUGCUGAUUUCAAUUCAUAAUCACGCGUUGCCAAAGAAGCGGCAGGUGUCAAACCGAGUGGUAGUGUGUGAGGUGUUAGGAACUUAAAUCCGUUCAAAAUGGAUUACCUCCAGCAAAUGAACCUAACGUUGUAUGAUCUGAUCAAUGUUAAAGGCGUAGAGGACACUAUCGACAAAUACCCGCUGAUGGCUUCACCGGUACCGAGCUCCAUACUAAUUGCGAUCUAUCUGUAUGUUAUCUACAAAUGGGGUCCGAGCUAUAUGGAGAAUCGCAAGCCGUUCAAUUUGAAGCUGAUUAUAGCUGCCUAUAAUAUCUUCCAAGUCGUGGCGUGUUCUUAUUUGGUGAUGAGCUACAUUAAAGUAGGAUUUAAAUUUAGCUUCAUCGGAAGAUGCACGCCAAAACUGCCGGUCGAGGAGUACGAAUACGGUUACGAUGCGGUAUAUUAUGGCUGGCUGGCGAUGUGCCUCCGGAUGGUGGAGUUUGUCGAGACCAUAUUCUUUGUUCUCCGAAAGAAGCAGAAUCAGGUGUCAGCGCUGCACGUCUAUCACCACAUCAGCACCUUCCUGAUCGUAUGGUGGAGUCUUAAGCUCAGUUUGUCCUAUCAGGAAAUGUCCAUUAUGGUGCUCAACUCGAUCGUGCACAUCAUCAUGUACUCAUACUAUUUGCUGUCCUCGUACAAGGUGUUCCAUCCGUUGACGCGGCGUGUGAAACCUGCGAUCACCAUCAUCCAGUUGGCCCAGCUGGUGACGAUGCUGGUUCACGUUUACGCAGCCCUACAGCCAACUUGCGCCGCCAACAAGUUCAUCUACAAACUACACGCCGUCAAUCUCGUCAUCCUGAUCAGUCUAUUCAGCAACUUCUACAUACAGACCUACAUCAAGAAGAGCCGCAAAGUCAAACAAAGCUAACAACCGAAGGGGGGCCUCCAUCUCUCUAAUGCGUUGCUGUACCACUUUGUACAUUGGAUAUGUGUUUAUCUAUUGGUCAUUCUGUUUUCCCCCACGAAUGACCCAAUAUGAGAAAAAAAGUGAAACUUACAAGUCAAUAUUUGAACUUUAAGCAGCGCGCGCUCCUCUCUGAUGCAAUUUACUAUGCAUCACCGUACAAGGAGAGAAUACACUGAUUUCAGUCGCGACUUGUCUGGUUUCCUUGAAAAAACGCUUCCCAACGUCAAAAGUAACAAAGUGUGAUACCAUGUUGUAACAAUCAAAAUUAUUAAAAAAAAACAUAAUAUUUAGGUAUGUAGUAGUUGUCAAUAUACAGUUGCUGUCAUAUUCAGUAGUUAGGAUAAAGCAGUGAAACAAUGUAAACCACCGA